AUAUAUAUGUGAUGAUCAUAUCUAUGUCUCAUUCCCUUGUGUUGGUUGUGUUUAGUGUUAACAUAUGUCUAUAAAUUAAUUUGAAAGAAUUUUAAUGAACUUUUAGACAUGAUUGUGGUUCCAGUUUUCAUUGAACUAUCCCUUGAAGAUCAGGCGCAGGAGUUUCGGGCCUAUUUCAAGCGUCUCGGGGCAGAAAUAUCAGAGGAAAAGUCACCCAAAGGCAUAGAAGAUGACUUACACAAGAUAAUUGGAGUCUGUGAUGCUUGCUUUAAGGAAGCAAAUGAAAAUGAAAUUGAGAGUGUCCUUAAUGGCAUUGUGUCAAUGUUAGUCUUGAUACCUGUCGAGCGAGCUGAGAACCUCAUCCUUGCCUUCUGUGAGAAAUUAACAAAGGCGUCCGGCUACAAGCUUGGGCUGGUGGCUUUGAGGGUGGGCUGGCUGAUGUUCCAGUCGCUGGACGAGCACUCGUCGAUGCGCUACCACGUGUACUACCACCUGGUGCAGGUGGCCCGCCAGGUGGACCAGGUUCACGCCGUCUUCAAGGACGUGGACCGCCUGCGGCAGCAGUUCUCCGCCUGCCCCCCCUCCAACGAGCAGAUGCAGAAGCUGCUGCGUCUGCUGCACGAGGUGCUGGUCAGCAGCAAGAAGAGCGAGCAGGCCGCCAGGGUGAUGGUGGAGCUGCUGGGCACGUACACGGCGGAGAACGCGUCGCAGGCGCGCGAGGACGCCCAGCGCUGCAUCAUGGCCGCCCUCGAGGACCCGGGCACCUUCCUGCUCGACCCCCUGCUGGCCCUGAAGCCGGUGCGCUUCCUCGAGGGCGAGCUCAUCCACGACCUGCUGUCCGUGUUCGUGUCGGAGAAGCUGCCCGCCUACCUCGACUUCUACCGGGACCACAAGGAGUACGUGCACUCGCUCGGCCUGAACCACGAGCAGAACAUGAAGAAGAUGCGUCUACUGACGUUCAUGCAGCUGGCGGAGGGAAACUCCGAGAUGACGUUCGACACGGUCCAGCAGGAGCUGCAGCUCGAAGAAGAUGAGGUCGAGUCCUUCAUCAUCGAUGUGCUGAAGACGAAGCUGGUGCGCGCACGCAUGGACCAGGCGGCCCGGAAGGUGCACGUGUCGAGCACCAUGCACCGCACGUUCGGGCGCGCCCAGUGGCAGCAGCUGCGAGACCUCCUGCUGUCGUGGCGGGGCAACCUGCAGGGGACGCAGGAGGCUAUGAAGAGCGUGGCCACUCGCAUCGAGCUCGGCGCUCAGCAGUGACGGCCCGGCUGGCGUCUCGCGACCAGCGCUGUCCUCUCGAUCUUCUUGAUUACAAGAUCAUUCGCCCUACAA